AUGAAGGAAUCAGCCGCACCCUGUAUGUGCUGCAUACAGAAAGGCGUAGGCUCCAACCAGUUCGAUGCCUCUGGGCCAAUGUCGAUAACUCUAGACCUGUGGACCUCUGGAAAUCUGGACGGCUCUGAGGAAACUGAUGGGGCUGGAAUGUUGCACAGUUUCGGCCUUUAG